AUGAAUCGAAAAGUCCACCUCGUCCGCCACGCCGAGGGCCUGCACAAUCUCCGCGACGAUCCUACAAUCCCAGAUGCUCCCUUGAGCGAGCGCGGAUUUGACCUCGCAGAGGACUUAGGCCGGCGCUUCAUCCACGACAACUCGGACAGCGUGGGCGCCAUGCUGGUCUCGCCGCUUCGCCGAGCCAUCCAGACUUCGCUGGCGGCAUUCCCUCGCGUCCUCGGCGCGGCACAUUAUCCCGUCAACUCGGGCAGAGGGGUCAGAACCGGUGGGGUGACUCUGCUCUUGGAUCCGGACUUGCAGGAAAUUAGUAGUCUGGCAUGUAAUGUCGGAUCGCCGCCACGUGAGCUGCUGGAAGAGUUCCCCGAGAUGGGCGCGCAGAUUGGGGGUUUGCCGUCCAGGUGGUUCGAGAAGACGGGGUUGUGGUCGCCUGCUCGUGCCGCCGUCGCGCAGCGGAAAAUCAGGAUCCUGCAGCGGCUGUGGGACGUUUCCGAGGAGUUGCAGAGCAGUCCAGACGGGAGGGAGGAUAUCGUCGUGGUGACGCAUGAAGGGAUCAUAUUGGUACUCGUCCCAGACGCGGAGGUGCCGAUGGGAGCUUACAGGACGUUUACCUUGGUCAAGGCGGGGACGGAAAUUGUGCUUCGGUGA